AGGGCGUCGCCAAUCGCCAUGGCGGGAGACGACGACGCCGCAAAUGUUCGUGUCAGGCUGCUCGUCAAGGCGGUCCCGGUUCGGAAUUACCUGGUAGGUAAGAGAGCACGAAGGCCCCCUUCAUUUUCACCUGCUGCGUUGCCACCUUUACAGGAGGAUAAUGUUGUGCCCUUGCUCAUGCAAGGGAUGCAAAGCUUGAUUGUGGAUAGGCCUCCCAACCCGGUUGGGUACUUGGGUGAGUUUCUGGUGCGGAAUGACCCCAUGAGACCACCAGAACCCGAGAAGAAGACAGAAUGCGAGCACUGCGCACACUCUCCGCCGCCGCUGCCGACUCCUCCAGCUACAGAAGCUCCCAAGACAGACGAAGCUACCCCGGACGGAGACUCCGCAGCAGCACCACCAGCAUAAAUAACGUUCAGCCUAGUCGUC